AGUUGUGUCCCGCCCAUGGGGGAAAGGGAGCGUGAUUACGAUAAGCUAUCAGUCACGAGGCUGAACAGCGAUCUUUCCUGCUUGUCUUCCCGCUGGAGAUAUAUACAUGAAUUCACCUGGUGCAACCUCCACCUCUCGAUCACCUGCUGCAGGCCUCACCUGCCCUUCACCCUGCCUGUAAAAAGAGCCGCCUCUGAUAUGAAUGACGGUGGAAGAUUGUCCUGGUCUGCAGUCAAGACUGUAAUCACCUUCGUCAUUUGCGUCACAGUCACUAUUCUAAUUGCGUGCGGUGUCUUCAUUCCAGCCAUUGUUUUGGGAUUAGUGGGAGCAGUAGUUGGUGUAAUCUUCUUCGCUGUCAAACAGUCAAGAAAAAUGAAGUAUACUCCAAAUCAAAGCACCGGGCCUGAUCAAAGCACCGAGCCUGACACAGGGACUCUAUACACCAUCAGUGCAACGCCACGCCUUUCCUUCCUGCAGGUCACGCAGCCCCGGCCGCCGCACCUCCGUCAACCCUUGCCACAGGAGACACAUACAAGUACGAUACCACCUACGAAUCGUCCCCCAUCUUUCUCUACAACAAGCCUGUCCUCGCAGCUGAGUCACGCGUACUACACACACUCUUCCAGUUUCUCAUCACUCUCGCCGUACAUCGCUUCCGUGUCAGUGGAGGGACGGCACCACAACACCUUCCCUUCCCUGAGGACUCCGUCCGUCACUUUAGGUAUCAACGCAUCUGAUGCCGCCCAAGACGCAGGGAGGCAGGCGGCGAACCAGUCGCCUCCAGCUUAUGUAGAGGUUGUAGACGAUGACAUGGACCCGCCAUCACCACCAACACGGUUUCAUACAACCGCUGCCGCCGGUGGUAGUAACGGGCAGGUGUUUGGUCCCUCUUCAGAUGGGCUGCCGAGUUACGAAACGGUGGUGGCUACGAGGCAAACGCGCGGCGAUGACCCGCCUCCCUACACUCCGUCCUGAUUGAGUAUCACCAGAACGAUUACACUUGACAACAUCUAGAAAUUAUUUUGCAGUCACGUGAUAUUUUGAGUGGAAGCCAGCAGGGUCUUCAUGUAGAAAACUGUGGAAUAUUAAUGCAAAUCAUUUACUUCGCCCCUCUCCUAGUAAAACUUUGCGUCAGCGUCAGAACAAGGCGUAGACACGCAUUUUGAGGAACUUCACGCAAAGAUGAGGCAGUAGUGAGAAUGUGAGUUAUUAAUCACAAUUCAGGUGGGAAAAAACAGACCGUCAUGGCUUGAGAUUGAAAAAAAUAUAUAAUAUACCUUUUUUUAUGAUGAAUCUUCAUAAAAAAAAUGUGAUUGCAAACUGAAAGAUGUCCUUGUAACCAGCAGUGCUUCAUUUUAGUGACGAGAGAGAGAGAGAGAGAGAGAGAGAGAGAGAGAGAGAGAGAGAGAGAGAGAGAGAGAGAACAUGCUUCAAGAUUAUUUCCGCCUACCAAAGAUGACAAUCCCUAAAUUAUAUUGUUAUUUCAAGGUGCCAGGAUCGUACUGAAUGAUCUCCACGCCACUAUACUUGAAAUUCAGAAUAUUGUACACGCUAAAAAUAAUUAAUAAUGAUAGAAAUAAAUAAAAAGUAAUAAUAAAGAUUUAAAAAAUUGA